GAGGACGACAGGCACUUUGCCCUCUACGAGUGGGACACCGGCAUCAUCACCGCCGAAUCGGGAUGCGUAGAACACCGGACAAUGCUACCGGAAAGAUUCUACUCACUGCGAGUGGACAGCCGGGACUAUACGCCUAAAGGUAGAAAAUGUGUCGCAGAUGUGGACCCCUCCGACACCCUGAAGUGCUCCGUCAAGAAAGGUGGAGAGGGCAAACUCUUCGGGAAGGGCGUUCCACGCUGCAAUCGCUCUGUAACUGAGAAGACUCGUCUAAUCAGCUGCAAUAUAGAUCCGACCGACUUCGCCGCCUUCGUACAGUUCAACGUUGUUGGAAAGAAGAUGUUUCUGACAAAGGUGACCAUAUGCAAACCACAGGAGCACAUAUGGCUCGGAUUCAAAUUGCGCAAAUUCUUUAAACAUGAUCGAUACGGCUAUGUGACCAAUUUCUUUUACCCCGGCGGAAAGUGGGCCAGUGCUGACAAAUAAAAGCGUGAGCAAGGGGAUGAGGUGAGCUACUCACACACUCUACACCGUCCACAUCGGCGCAGGCAAUUUGAUUACGUCUUCUGUUCCACAGCCAACAGCUAUCUAUCCACCGUCAUUGCCUGGGACGAAGAGCCUAAGAAGCCCGAAAUGACUGAGCUCAUCGGGGAAGUGUUGUGUUUGUGUAAUUGCGGCAAUGCACGGCGAGAGAGAGACUACAGCAGUUGUCGACGUACUCCACAGUUCAUUGGCCUGGCAUCAGUCUACUCACGCGUUAACCUCCCUCGAGGUCAAUCCCGAGAUUAG